AACCGUCCAUGGUUUUUGUCGCUGUUUUCCAAUAUCUAGGUACUGCCAUUGGUAUUACGUUUGCACACUUCCAUUUGCACUUUUUGCACCAAAACCUAGUAUUAAUUUCAUUGAUAUUUACACACUGCCUGCUCAAAUUUCAUUAUCAAUUUUUAAUUUAUAUAAAUAAUAAAGAGGGAAAAAGAAAUUACAGUUUUCGUGUUGGGUUUGGCAUUUUAGAGAGAGUCGUUGGCUGAGAUCCGAGUUUUGCGAGAAAAUUAAAAGGAAGGGAAGUACUAGUAGUUGAGGCGAAGCUGAAGCUAAUACAAAACAGCGGCAAUUUCUGAUUUCAGCCCUCCGACACUUCAUCCAGAUUCUACUCAAUUUCUCCGUUUGAUUGAGGAUUGGGCCAAUCAAAACAUCCUAUAGGUAUCUAAAUCUUCUUUAUUUACAUUUUUGGAUCUGCGCCAUUGCUAUUGCAAUGUCCCUUUUAUCCAGAUUGCGAUGUAUCACUGUGGAUGUUACUGGGACUCUCAUAGCUUAUAAAGGGGAGCUUGGUGAUUACUACUGCAUGGCAGCCAAAUCUGUUGGGUUGCCAUGCCCCGACUAUAAACGCGUGCAUCAAGGUUUCAAGCUUGCGUAUACAGAGAUGGUGAACAAGUAUCCGUGUUUUGGGUUUGCAGCAAAAAUGCCUAACAUUGUUUGGUGGAAAACUUGUGUUAGAGAUUCAUUUGUCAGAGCAGGAUACGAGUACGAUGAGGAGACAUUUGAGAAGAUAUUUAGACGCAUAUAUGCUUCCUUUGGCUCAUCCGCACCCUAUACGGUAUUUUCGGACUCACAACCCUUCCUGAGAUGGGCUCGUGAAAAGGGUAUUAAAGUGGGGAUUAUAAGCAAUGCUGAAUAUCGGUACCAAGAUGUGAUUCUUCCAGCCUUGGGUUUGAACCAGGGAACAGAGUGGGACUUUGGUGUGUUCUCUGGUCUUGAAGGUGUAGAGAAACCAGACCCCCGGAUCUACGAGAUUGCUCUUCAAAGGGCUGGAAAUAUUGCUCCAGAAGAGACUCUGCACAUUGGUGACAGCAUGCGCAAAGAUUAUGUACCAGCAAGGAGUGUGGGGAUGAAUGCCUUGUUAUUGGAUAGGUUCAGAACUCCUGAUGCUGAGGAGUGGAGAAAAUCCGGUGCUAUUGUUCUUCCUGACCUGGUGGCGGUCAAGGAACUGCUUUGUUCAGAGAAGUCAGCUUCAGCUUGUUAAGGAAAUGCUGUUUGCCAUCUGUGCAUUGUUUUGUUUUAACCAUUUAAUAAAUAUGUGAUUAUAGAUAGUACUUGCCGGUUACCUUACCAGCUGGUAUUUUUCACAUCUUCUGUUUUCAGACCAUAUGAGCGUCUAGAAUUUGCUGCAUUACUAUUAUAAUUAUUAAUAUUUUGGAUAUUGUUA